UGUUAUGACGUCAUAGCACGCGUUUUCCGACUGAUCCCUAAAGGUAGGCGAUACGCUCGCAAUACGACAUGUUUCACAAGCUCAGUGAAGUAGCCAAACGCAAUCCGUUCAGCUCUCCUAUCAUCUCGAAGGCGAGCUGCGAGUCCAACGUCACAGGCAAUCGAGAAAUAACAACAGCCGCCGCCACCGAGUACAGCUGUGAGUAUGGCUCGGCCAAGUACUAUGCCAUAUGUGGUUUCGGCGGCAUUCUCAGUUGCGGUCUUACUCACACUGCCGUUGUUCCGCUCGAUCUCGUCAAGUGUCGAAUCCAGGUGGAUCCUGCAAAGUAUGGAAGUUUGCUGAAAGGUUUGAAGAUUACUGUGAAGGAGAAUGGUGUUCGAGGUCUGGCGUUGGGUUGGGCACCCACGUUCAUUGGAUACUCGAUGCAGGGAUUAUUUAAAUUUGGAUGCUAUGAAGUAUUCAAGUCACUCUACAGCUCACUACUAGGAGAAGAAAGAACCUACUUGUGGCGAACAUCUCUAUAUCUUGCCGCAUCAGCAAGUGCCGAGUUCUUCGCAGACAUUGCUCUUGCUCCUAUGGAAGCAGUGAAAGUGAGAAUUCAAACUCAACCAGGAUGGGAAACGACGCUGAGAACGGGAGUACCAAGGAUUAUGAGAGAAGAGGGACUGGCAGGUUUCUAUAAGGGUGUGGUGCCACUGUGGGGCCGUCAGAUUCCGUAUACGAUGAUGAAGUUUGCUUGCUUUGAGAGGACUGUUGAGGCUCUUUAUCGUUACGUUGUUCCAAAGAAAAGGGAUGACUGCUCAAAGCCGGAACAAUUGGUGGUUACAUUUGCAGCUGGAUACAUUGCUGGAGUAUUCUGUGCUCUCGUCAGUCACCCUGCUGACAGCAUUGUCUCCAAGCUGAACUCUGACAGUGGAAGUACAAUGUUUAAAGCAGCUAAAGAUCUAGGCUUCAAAGGCAUGUGGAAGGGUCUUGGCCCACGUAUUCUCAUGAUUGGAACCCUCACCGCCCUUCAAUGGUUCAUCUACGAUUUUGUGAAAGUUUGGUUCCGUCUGCCACGCCCACCUCCACCAGAAAUGCCCGAGAGUUUGAAAAAGAAACAAUUAGCGCUCCAACAACAGGCGCAAUAAACUCUUAGUUGCUACAACUACUUUAUUGACUGUAGUCCAUGUAUUGUGACAUUUCAUGUUGUCAGAUAUCUGCUUUUCCAUUCUAAGUAUUAAACGAGCAAGAAACCAAUGAUCUAACUCGA